AGCCAGAGGUACAGAGUGACCUCCAAGGGGGACCCCACUUCACUCCUACUCCAAGCAGGCAAGCACAUUCAAGUGUCUUAAGCCUUCAAACGGCCACAACUCACGUCUUCUGUCCUGUGUCCUGGUCAGAUACAUCUGGCUUCUCCAGCCUCCAAUCACUAUUCCUCCAGGCCAGCCACAACUUGGAGAGUCCACCCAGGCCCGGAAAGGCUGGGCAUCUUUAGUGAUAUCAUCUGUCCCCUCUUCCCACUCAACUGUGGACUCAAACAACCAGGGUCCUCAGGACUUUGUAGCUCCUGGGUGGCCCUCAGGGUGUCAGGAAGGGGCUGCAGUUGCCCUCACUGACCCUGGACCCUCUUGGUCCCACCUGUGAACACUCCACACAUGCAUCUUGCUAGAGAUCUAUCUGCUUGCCUGUCCCACAUCUAAUUCCCUUUCAGUCAGUCUCUGGAUGCCUGUGAGUCUCCUCCCUCAGACACCCAAAGCCCCGGAUAUGAUGAAGUCCUAAGGGCCAGAGUGCAAGCAUCUGGAGGAGAGAGUUGCAGAGCAGAAAUCUCUGGAUUCCCCAACAAUUUCUCUCUUUGCUUCAGGCCUAGAGUUGCCAAGGAAGCAAACCGAGUCGGGUGGGGUGAGUCUGAAGAGGCAGGAACACUGGGCUGGGCUGGGCUGACCCCUCCCCAGUGGGGGGGCGGGAUCCAGAAGGAGGCAUAGUGCAGAGGCACUAGAGAGGACCAGACUGGAAAGGCGAUAUGGCAGGAACCAGCCUAGGGGCCCGCUUCUAUCGGCAGAUCAAAAGACAUCCUGGGCUCAUUCCAAUGAUCAGCUUCAUCGGUCUUGGCAUGGGCAGUGCUGCGCUCUACUUGCUUCGACUUGCCCUGCGCAGCCCCGACGUCUGCUGGGACCGAAAGAACCCAGAACCCUGGAAUCGCUUGAGCCCCAAUGACCAAUAUAAGUUCCUUGCAGUUUCUACUGAUUAUAAGAAGCUGAAGAAGGACCGGCCAGACUUCUAAGCCAGGCUGGGCUGCUAGUUGGAUGUAAACCACGAACUCAUUUCUUCCACUGCCCCGCUCCCAGACCCUAGGGCGUCUAGUCACCUCAUCCAGCUCCUGCUUACACAGGCCGGUUCCCACGAAGAGGGGAGGCAGCUCCACCCCCUACCCUGCUCCCUUGAUCCCAGCAGCGGAAGCAACUCUGACCCCUGGCUUCAGUCCCCUGUGGGGGAGGGGUCAGGACAACAGGCAGCAACUGGGUCCUCAGCCCAAAAGGCCCAAACCAGUCCCCUCAGUUCCCCUGACUUGCAGGGCGUGGCACAGGCUACGUGUUGAGCAUGGCCUGUGUGAGCCAACAGCAAACAGGGGCCUUUGAGUGCCAAGUGAGGACGUGGCGAGCCCCACGUGUGCCUGAGCUCUGAGAGUGCCAGCCCUGGGGCGGCGCUGUUCAGGCUCAACCAGGUUGUCUCUGGCCGCCCAGCCUGCCCAGGCUGGGGCACCCAUGCCAAGCAGAAGCUCCUCCUCUGCCCAAGCCUGCUGCCUCCCCCACCCCCAGCAUAGAGCACCUGGACCUCCCCCUGCCGCUUCCCCCCUCCCCUCCCUUGCUCCCCUUGGUCCCCCGGGAUCAAAAAGAAGCAGCCGUGGGCAAAAUACAAUUUCAUUUAACAAAUUGAAUUUGCUGCGCCUGCUAAUCACGUCUGGUGUCGGCUCUGAUCAGAGACAGAGAGAGGAGGCUGCAGCCCUGGGGGUCCUUGCGGUGGUGGUGGGAGGAGAGGGAGGAAUAAAUGUUGAGGGAGUCAAAUCACCGAACCACUGGCUGGCCCAGGGGACCCCUCCCACAUAA